UCCGGCCUUUCGCGGGCCCUUUUUCCUCUGAGUGCAAGGCGGUGAUCCCUUGUACCUCUUUUCCUCCGCUGCUGCCCGGUUCCCGAAUCAGCUCACGCCAUGGGUUUUGGAGACCUGAAAACCCCCGCCGGCCUCCAAGUCCUCAACGACUACCUGGCGGACAAGAGCUACAUCGAGGGGUACGUGCCAUCACAAGCCGAUGUGGCAGUAUUUGAAGCAGUUUCCGGCCCCCCACCUGCCGACUUGUAUCAUGCGCUUCGUUGGUAUAAUCAUAUCAAGUCUUAUGAGAAGGAAAAGGCCAGCCUUCCAGGAGUGAAGAAAGCUUUGGGCAAGUAUGGCCCUGCUAAUGUGGAAGACACCACGGGGAGUGGAGCUACAGAUAGUAAAGACGAUGAUGACAUUGAUCUGUUUGGAUCUGAUGACGAGGAGGAAAGUGAGGAAGCAAAGCGGCUAAGAGAGGAACGCCUGGCACAGUAUGAGUCAAAGAAAGCCAAAAAACCUGCCCUUGUCGCCAAGUCUUCCAUCUUACUAGAUGUGAAACCUUGGGACGACGAGACAGAUAUGGCAAAACUAGAGGAGUGCGUCCGAAGCAUUCAGGCAGACGGCUUGGUCUGGGGCUCUUCUAAACUAGUUCCGGUGGGGUAUGGAAUUAAAAAACUUCAAAUACAGUGUGUAGUGGAAGAUGACAAAGUUGGAACAGAUAUGCUGGAGGAGCGGAUCACUGCUUUUGAGGACUAUGUGCAGUCCAUGGACGUGGCUGCUUUUAAUAAGAUCUAAAACAUCGUAGAUAAUCGCCCUUGAAUAAAAGCUUGAAAGACAA